GCCAAACCAAAACAACACAACACAACACACUAUAUUAUAAAUAAAAACCCUAACCCUUGCUUCAUCCCUUUCAUUGAGCACUAGGGUUUGUAGCGAAGAGGCGCAGCCAUAGCAAGAGCUUCUGAAUUCAGCAAUGGCGAGGAUCAAGGUUCAUGAGUUGAGGCAGAAGAACAAGGCUGAUCUGUUGAGUCAGCUGAAGGACCUCAAGGCCGAGCUCGCUUUGCUCCGUGUUGCUAAGGUCACCGGCGGUGCCCCCAACAAGCUCUCCAAGAUCAAGGUGGUGAGGUUGAACAUUGCUCAGGUUCUGACUGUGAUUUCUCAGAAGCAGAAAGCUGCUUUGAGGGAAGUUUACAAGAACAAGAAGUACUUGCCCCUUGAUCUGCGCCCAAAGAAGACCAGGGCUAUUCGCAGGAGGCUUACCAAGCAUCAGGCAUCAUUGAAGACUGAGCGGGAGAAGAAGAAAGAGACAUAUUUCCCCAUGAGGAAGUUUGCUAUCAAGGUGUAGGACUUUAGAGCAAUCACAUUUCUCUACUGGACAUUUACACCAUUUCUAGUUUUCAAGUUUUGAGAUAUCUUAUUUGUAGUUUCAACUUCUCUAUCAAGUUGUUGGCUAUGUUAAAUUUCUUGUCAUCAGACCCGGGCUUUCUCCCUUGAAUUUACUAGGAUUUCUGCA